AUGUCCUGCAACCGAGCAAGUGAAGAAGAGCAACCACGUUCAAUGAAAGCUAUAGAGAAACGUCUACAAGGAGCUAUUAUACAGUUGCUGAGAUUAUGGAUGUUAGCUUCAGUCCAGAUGAUCUCGAUCGUGUUAGCUCAAGAUGGUAAUCAGUUUGUGUAUUACGACUUCAGGAAAGCAGAUCUAUACGUUGAUGGCAUGGCAACCACCAAAGAUGGCCGACUGAAACUUACUAAUAGCUCAAAGAGAGCCACUGGGCAUGCCCUCUAUAACAAACCAAUAACUUUCGUAGACUCUUCAUUUUCUUUCUCCACCGAGUUCGUCUUUGCAAUAGUUCCAGAAGAGCGUACCAGCUACGGUCAAGGAAUGGCUUUUGUUGUCUCUCCAAGCAUCAAUGAUCUAAGGUAUGGUGCAGCAACAUCUUAUCUAGGGAUAUUCAAUAGAACAAACGAUAACAAAACCGAGAAUCACAUACUUGCCAUAGAGUUUGACACUAAUGCAAGCUCUGAAGCCCUUGAAGAUAGUGAUAACCAUGUAGGGAUAGACAUCAACAGUAUAGUAUCGGUGGAAUCUAAGGAUGCUAGUUACUUUGAUGAUACGGUAGGGCUGAACAAGAGUCUGGUGCUUGCAAGCAAAGAAAGAAUCCAUAUAUGGAUAGAAUAUGAUGGAGACCAAAGAUUGCUAAACGUAACUCUUGCUCCUCUGGAGAUCCCAAAACCAAGCUUGCCUCUUUUGUCAAGAUCUGUAAACCUUUCCCAAGUCUUCAAGGAGCAAAUGUUUUUUGGUUUCUCGGGGAGCACGGGUACAAUCAGAAGUCAUCAAUAUAUUCUUGGAUGGUCAUUGGCAGUAGGAGGAAAAGCAAGAAGCCUUGACAUUUCUCAAGUUCUUGAUCUCCCUCAACCACCACCUAAUCACUUACCGCUUAUACUUGCUGUUGCAGCAGUAGUUACUUUCCUGAUAAUAGCAGGCGGGAUAGCAUACCUUUACCAACGAAAUAGGUAUGCAGAGGUGUUUGAACAAUGGGAAUUAAAAUACAGCCCCCAGAGAUUCUCCUUCAGAACCCUUUACAAAGCAACCAAAGGUUUCAAGGAGAAUAGAGUACUUGGAGCAGGAGGUUUCGGCAAGAAUGACCCACACAAGAGACCUACUAUGAAAGAUAUAACAGAGUAUCUUGAACAAAAGAAACGGCUCCCAUACAUUGCAUUUGAUACAGCUGAGUUUGGGAUACCCAUUGUACCCAUAAUAAGCGAUGAAACAGUAAUAGCACAAGGACCUGCUCUGUCGUUUGCUAGUUUCUUAUAUGACACCAUUACAGUGUUAUUUAGAGGUCGUUGA